AUGGCUGGAGUCAGUGUGCUUCGCCCACUUGCUCGGGUCCCAGUUAAGAGGGUUGCGAGGACCUACGCAACCUCGAUACCAUCCAAGGCCCACCAUCGUGUAGUUAUUGUUGGUGGAGGUACAGCUGGAGUUACUGUUGCCGCCCAGUUGCAACGUAGCACAGAUUUCGAGAAUAAGGAUAUCGCCAUAUUAGACCCUGCACAGACCCACCACUACCAACCAGGAUGGACACUUGUUGGUUCUGGGUUAAGAAGCCUUGCAGAUAUGCAUCGGCCUAUGUCCGAAGUGAUUCCACAAGGCGUGAAACAUUAUCCUCUGCGAGUGUCCACGUUUGAUCCCGCAAACAACGCAAUCAAAACAUCCGAAGGAGUUGACGUGUCGUAUGACUACCUAAUAGUAGCCCCGGGCCUAGAGACAAACUUUUCUGGAGUGUCAGGUCUUGAGCAAGCACUACAGGAUCCCGCCAGCCAGAUAUCAUCCAUCUACUCGGAGAAGACGGUGGAGCAGGUAUGGAAGAACAUGCAAGCUUUCAAGAAAGGGCCAGCUAUUUUCACCCAGCCUGCUGGUGUUAUUAAAUGCGCUGGCGCUCCCCAGAAGAUAAUGUGGAUGGCCCAUUCGCAGUGGAAGCGGGAUGGCGUACGAGACAAUAUCAACAUCACCUUCGCAACUGGUGCUCCUGUUAUGUUUGCCGUCCCGAAGUACUCACAAGCGCUUGAAGAUCUGCGCAAGCAGCGCCAUGUCGAAGGCCUUUUCCAACAUAAUCUAGUUAAAGUAGACCCGAAGAAUAAGGUGGCGACAUUUAAGAACUUGGCGGACGGUGCUAACGGAGCACUUGUUGAGAGAGAGUUCGGCUUUCUACAUGUGGUACCUCCUCAAAAACCGUGGGACUGGGUUGCCAAAUCUCAACUAGCGGAUGCCGCGGGUUGGGUUGAUGUGGAUAAGUCCACUACGCAGCAUACCAAGUACAAGAACGUUUUCUCUCUUGGCGAUGCAUCGAGUCUUCCGAACAGCAAAACCGCAGCUGCUAUCACAUCUCAAACGCCAGUUUUAAUAGACAAUCUUUUGGCGGUCAUGAAAGGCAAGGAGAUCAAGGCGUCGUAUGACGGCUACGCAAGUUGCCCCUUAUUGACCGGCCACAAUGAGCUUAUGCUCUGCGAGUUCAAGUACGGCGGUGUGCCCAAGGAGACUUUUGCAAAUAUACUUGGUGGUCAGGAGCAGCCUAGUCGGUUAUUCUACCAUUUGAAGAAGGAUUUCUUCCCAUAUGCCUACUGGAACUACUAUGUAAAAGGUACCUGGUUUGGCCCAAGAGGAUUUUUCCGCCCUAAUACGACAGCAAGUUAA